ACUGUCUCAAUCCAAGUGCACUACAUUAUCCAUGUUCAGGAGAUCAAGCCCUGGCCUCCUUCUAAAUCACAGAGAUCUGCUCAAUCAGUAGUACUGCAAUGGGAAAAUGGUGAUAAAAAUUCAGGAUCUUUUGCUUGUAGUUCAAGGGAUGGGAAAAUUGAGAUCAACGAGUCUUUCAGGCUUCCAUUACUUUUAUUGAGAGAGUCAUCCAAAAGAGAGGGCUCUGACUCAUCUCCGAAGAGCAGUGUGUCAAAAGAAUUGUCGCUGGACAAGGAAGAAAGUGAAUCUGCAACACAGUCCCUAAAUGAUGAGGAUGUUGAAAUUGCCUCUUUUACUGAUGAUGAGAUUGAUGAUAAGGUUGAAAUUAGCAAACUAGGAACAGUGGGAUUAACUGGAGGAUCCAUUGUACCCAUGGAGACAUCUUCUGGUAGCUCACAUAUAGAAGCAGAGACUGGGGCAUCAUUGCACUCAUCAUCUCUGGUCUUGUCCUCAGAUACUAGCAAUACUACGUAUGAUAGGAAGGCUGGAGCAUCCAAAAAAUUCAAUGGAAUUAAAUUGCCCUCACCAUCUGUGACCUUGUCCUCGGAUAUUGGCAAUACCACAUAUAAUAGGCCUUCACCCAAAAUUUCUGAGCAGCAUGUCAAGGUUGGUGAUGUAAGUUCUAAGAUUCCAGACUUUCCUAGCUCACAUAUUAAAGAAGAGGCUGGAGUGUCGAAACAAUUAAAUGGAAUCAAAUUACAUUCGCUGUCUAUGGUCUUGUCCUCAAACACUGGCAAUGCUACAUAUGAUAGGUAUUCUUCACCAAAAAUUCCUGAGGAAUGUGUGGAUGAUGCUGAUGCUGAUGCAAGUUGUAAACUUCCAGGAAGCACUCGACGAUCAAGUAGUCCAAAAUUUCCCAGGGAUAAGGAACUUCUUCAUAAUCCAUCUGAAGAUGAUUAUCCAAGAAAUGGAAAAAUGAAACCAGAGGAUUUGAUAACUCUUAAAUUGCAUGUAGACACUUCUGAGAAUUAUGGUUUAUUUGGUAAAAAUCAAGCCGCAAACAAGGCAGAGGAAAAUAGUACUCUGAAUGGUGAUCAUGUUGAUGCUGCUUGUCAUGAAGGCUCUAGUACAAAUGGCAGCUUUAAUAAUAAUGAAACUGAACUGAAGUCUGAAGUUCAAAUGCUACAAGAAGAGCUGAGGGAAGCUGCUGCUCUCGAAAUUUCACUUUACUCUGUUGUUGCUGAUCAUGGAAGCUCAGCAAACAAGGUUCACGCCCCUGCUCGGCGCAUUUCUAGAUUCUAUUUGCAUGCUUUUAGAGUUGGAUCACCUGCUGCCAGAGCUAAUGCAUCCCAAAGUGCUGUUUCAGGAUUUGUUUUGGUUUCAAAAGCAUGUGGAAAUGAUGUCCCAAGGUUGACCUUCUGGCUCUCAAAUUUAUUUCGUCACCUUCUCCUCAUGAUGGAGAAAAAAAGAAAAUGCAACAAAUUUUUUCAUAGUUGGGAGGAUCCACAAACAUUUUUAUUUGCAUUGGAAAAGAUUGAAGCUUGGAUAUUCUCGCGAAUUGUUGAGUCUGUGUGGUGGCAGACCCUGACUCCACAUAUGCAGUCUGCUGCUGCUAAGAGCUCCAGCUCAAGGAAAAUCUAUGGAAGAAGACAUGGUUUAGGUGAUCAAGAGCAGGGAAGCUUCUCCAUUGACUUAUGGAAGAGAGCUUUUAAGGAUGCCUGUGAAAGACUUUGUCCUCUUCGAGCUGGGGGGCAUGCUUGUGGUUGUUUGCCUGUGAUAGCUAGAUUGGUGAUGGAGCAGCUUGUAAAUCGACUUGAUGUGGCAAUGUUUAAUGCUAUUCUCCGUGAAUCAGCUGAAGAGAUGCCAACUGAUCCUAUAUCUGACCCCAUUAGUGAUUCUAGGGUUCUUCCAAUUCCUGCAGGAAAAUCAGGCUUUGGGGCUGGUGCACAACUAAAAAAUGCUAUUGGGAACUGGUCAAGAUGGCUCUCAGAUUUAUUUGACAUUGAUGAUUGUGACUCUCCUGAAGAUCGGAAUGAAGAUGAUGACAACGGGAGUCCAGAGUGUGAGACAUCCUUCAAGGCUUUCCAUCUCCUUAAUUCACUGAGUGAUCUAAUGAUGCUUCCUUUUGAAAUGCUUGCUGACGCAUCUCAAAGAAAAGAGGUAUGCCCUACAUUUGGCGUCCCAUUGAUAAAGAGGGUUCUGAACAAUUUUGUUCCUGAUGAGUUUUGCCCAGGGCCCGUCCCUGAUACUGUUCUUGAGACCCUGAAUACUGAGGAUAUUCAGGAUGACGAAGGGUCCAUCGCCAGCAUUCCACAUAUUGCCGCCCCAACAUCCUAUGCACCACCUGCAGCAAUCUCAGUUACAGCCAUAAUACAAGAAUUGGGCUCCCAAUCUCUGCGUAGAAGUGGAUCGUCAGUGGUAAAAAAGUCAUACACUAGUGAUGACGAGCUUGAUGAUUUAGAUUCACCCUUAUCUGCUAUUGGGAUUGAUGAACCUUCACUUUUAUCUAACAAGUUCACAGCAGUAACUGAAGGUCGUAAUUUUGUUAGAUAUGAGCUUCUGCGAGAAGUAUGGAGGGACAGUGAAUGAAGACCCGUUCCCAUGUGAUUCUCGUUUUCUUGGCCUCUUAUGUAUACUGUUUGCAUACUUUCCAAUAACAUGUUCAGUCAUUCUUACCAUUUUUAAAAAAAAAAAAAAAAGGGUUCAUUCCCGGCAUUCUACUGAA